CCGAGCCCGGGCUCUCCAGGCAGCUGGAGGGGUCGCGCUGCUGCUCGGACAAGGGCCGCCUACACGUCUGCAGCCAUGUCUGGCCGCUCGGUGCCACAUGCCCACCCGGCCACCGCCGAGUACGAGUUUGCCAACCCGAGCCGCCUGGGUGAGCAGCGCUUCGGAGAAGGCCUCCUGCCAGAAGAGAUCCUGACCCCCACCCUCUACCAUGGCUACUAUGUGCGACCUCGGGCCACUAGAGCUGGGGAGAGCAGCAGGGCGGGGGCCUCUGAGCUCAGGCUCAGCGAGGGCAAGUUCCAGGCAUUUCUGGAUGUAAGCCACUUUACCCCAGAUGAGGUGACCGUGAGGACUGUGGACAACCUGCUGGAGGUGUCUGCUCGGCACCCCCAGCGCCUGGACCGCCAUGGCUUCGUGUCCCGAGAGUUCUGCCGCACCUACGUCCUGCCUGCCGAUGUUGACCCCUGGAGGGUCCGCGCUGCUCUCUCCCAUGAUGGCAUCCUUAACCUGGAGGCUCCUCGGGGUGGCCGACAUUUGGACACGGAAGUCAAUGAGGUCUACAUUUCCCUCCUCCCUGCACCUCCUGAUCCAGAGGAAGAGGAGGAGGCAGCUGGAGUUGACCCCUGAGUGCCACAGACCCAGUACCCAGCACUUCCUUCCUCCUGCGGUGAUUCGGCCGCUGCCACCACCCCAGAGGUAGCAGCAUCCUUGGGGGAAGGGAAAAGUGCAUGGGCCACAAUGUGUGGUUUGGUCCCUUGGGACAUGUCCUAGCCUUUGGUUUAGUUCUGGGUGGAGCUGAAUAAACCCAAAUCUC